AUCUUGCCGGUUUGCUGCCGCUUUCGGAUGUAGCGGCAGCGGUGGUGAGGGCGUGGGGAAGGGUGGGGUGAGGGGGCGAGGCCCCGGCGAGGGCGGCGAAACUCUCCUCCCUCAGCCCCACCGCGUGGGACGGCGCGAUCGCGGUGUCGGAGGGAUGUCCGCCUUCUCCGAGGCGGCGCUGGAGAAGAAGCUGUCGGAGUUGAGCAACUCGCAGCAGAGCGUGCAGACCUUGUCCCUGUGGCUCAUCCACCACCGCAAGCACUCGCGGCCCAUCGUCACCGUGUGGGAGCGGGAGCUGCGCAAAGCCAAACCAAACAGGAAGCUUACUUUUCUCUACCUAGCCAAUGAUGUCAUUCAGAACAGCAAAAGGAAGGGACCAGAGUUUACAAAAGAUUUUGCACCAGUUAUAGUGGAGGCUUUUAAGCAUGUUUCAAGUGAAACUGAUGAAAGUUGUAAGAAGCACCUUGGACGAGUGUUAUCUAUUUGGGAAGAAAGGUCUGUUUAUGAAAAUGAUGUAUUAGAACAACUUAAGCAAGCUCUGUAUGGUGACAGGAAGCCUAGGAAGAGAACUUAUGAACAGAUAAAGGUGGAUGAAAAUGAAAACUGUUCCUCUCUGGGAUCUCCAAGUGAACCACCACAGACUCUAGAUCUCGUUAGAGCAUUACAAGAUCUAGAAAAUGCAGCUUCAGGUGAUGCAGCAGUUCACCAGAGGAUAGCUUCUUUGCCUGUUGAAGUCCAAGAGGUAUCCCUACUAGAUAAAAUAACAGAUAAAGAAUCUGGAGAAAGACUUUCUAAAAUGGUAGAGGAUGCGUGUAUGUUGCUGGCAGAUUACAAUGGCAGAUUGGCGGCUGAAAUAGAUGAUAGGAAACAACUCACUCGAAUGUUAGCAGAUUUUCUUCGUUGUCAAAAGGAAGCCCUUGCAGAGAAAGAGCAUAAAUUGGAAGAAUACAAGCGCAAGUUAGCCAGAGUUUCCCUGGUGCGCAAAGAACUCAGGUCCCGGAUCCAGAGCCUGCCAGACUUAUCUCGAUUGCCCAAUGUCACUGGCAGCCACAUGCACCUGCCCUUUGCGGGGGACAUCUACAGUGAAGAUUGACGACCAGUCUCUUUCCAGGGCCCAGGACUUUGCAAGAAAUGGAGACAGGUUAGGUGGAUAGUCCUGUAGCGUUAUUUUUGUAUAUUGUUGAGAGAGUGACACUAACAAAAAAAUGACAAGUAAUUUAUAAAAUUGUUUAAAAUGUUGGUUUGUUUACUAUUUUAUUGGUAAGUUAACUUAGUUUAAACAAAGUGGUGGUCUCUGUAUUAAUAAGCUCACAAAUAGUGAUUAUUUUCAGAAGAUCUUUUGUAAAUUUUUUUUUUUAAUUCAGGGCCUUGUGAGAAAUUCCAUGUUUCUAUUUCUUCAUGUAUUUUCAUGUUUCUUUUAUUUUCUUCAGUAUCUAAUCACUGUAUAGUAUGUAAUUCUGAAAGGGUAAGAACUAAUCAGGAUUUGGUUGAGACUUUUUAUGGUAUAGUUAGGACUUGAUUGUAGAAGGGACUAAAUGUUUCGACUUAAUCCUCCCCCUUCUUGACCAAAAUAUCAGUUCUGUGCCUCUCAAUGCCUUUGAUUCUUUAUCCCUCCGAGGUGCGUAACAACCCUAAACAUGGAUGUUACUUUGAGCGGUAGAUCAGAGCCUAGAGAACUAUCCACACUAACACUAUAGGGAUUCCAUUCCAACUGCCAGUGUAGAAUAAAUAAUGUUAAAUAGGGGUCCCCUCGAUAAAUUGUUAAGAAUUAUUUGAGUAGAUUAAUAUGAAUAUGCUUGGGAAUUGUUAUAAAUUGUGACAUUCUACCAAGAAGACAACUUUGAUUCUGGAACUGAUUUCUCUUUAUCACAUCAGUCUUCUUUUAACAUAAUUGAUCUCUAACAAAAUCAUCUGUGGGAUUAAAAUAAACAAAAAAUAAUAUUUUCAUUACUUCCUUAGCCAUUUAACUCCAAAAAUAGUAUUUUUAGCUCUGUUAGCUCAAAAACAUAAUGUUAUUGUUCAGUAAAAUAGCCUGGAACAUUUUUAAUAUUUCUUUGAGGUUUUUGAAUGCCUGUAUAUUUGGAAAUUAAGCAGUGCUAUACUACAGGGUAGAUCUGGUAAAUACUAUAUUUGUAUAUUUAGAAUUACCAAAACAAAUGUACUUUUUACCUUUUAUUUCUAGCCCUGUGUGUUAGAGCAGUUGCAUGGUCUCGUGCUUUCUUUUAAAAUCACAUUGUUAAGCUGUGGAUUUGUACGCAAUAAGUUAGGAUAAACAUUUUUUCUCAUUCAUUACAUAUUAGAUCUUUUUCUUUUUGUUGUGUAAGCAGAUUCAAAUUAGAUAGUCAAUAAAACAUUUCUUAAAUCCCACAAGCCAAUUAUGUCUCACUAGUUUUAAUGGAUUCACUCUUUCUUUCUCAGCAUUAGAUAUAGUGAAAAUGAAUUUAUAUGUGAAGGAGAAAGCAAAUGUUUGUUAUAGCUUAUAGUUCUGAAAACAUUACUUUCAACAGUUUGACCUCUCUCCAAAACGGAAACAUAUAAGUGUUCCCCACACAAACUUGGCUGAUAUUUCAGUUUUUAGUUAACUUUGGGACUCUGGGCACAACUUUCUCAGAGAAACAGCAGUACUUAAGUUCCCUGUGAAUGCCACAGAAAGCUCACCUCGGAAUCUAAUCCACUUAACCACGAAUGUAUUUGUGAUAUGUUUGACAAAUUACUACUAGAUCCUGACCAGCAUUUGUAACAUCACUGUAAGGAAAUGUUGUGCAGCAGCCGGACUCACACAUUGGGUCUCUGUCUUGUGUACCUGUCUCCAGGUGUAGGAAAUACAAGAAAAAGAGCAUUGUGGAGAGGGAGGGUAACAAGUGCACAAUUAAUUAGAAAACCUGGUUAUGCCUAUUAUAAAAGUCUAGCAAGUAAGUUUUUGAUGUUAAAGUGAAAGCAAAAACUUUUAUGUUAACUUAUUUGCAAUAUCUUGACUUUAUGAUCUGCUAAAAUAGUGAUUGAUUCAUUUUAAAUAUAUUUUUUCCAUUUAAAACUAAUUUAUAAGCUAUAUGUAGUCCUGAGAAGAUUAAAAUCUAUUAGUUUAUUGAAAUAUUUUCACCAUUUUAAGGCAGACUUCUGACUUAGAUACUGAUUUUCAUGCCAGUAUCUGCACUAAAUAUUUAUGAUAAAAAUGCGUUAUUUUUUUAAAGAGCUUGACGUGAUUUGUGAUGAUAGUACUCAACCUGAAUCCUACCCCAAUCCCAUUCUUUGACCAUUUCUUCACAAACCCUGUUGUUGCUUAAUUCACCAAUUGUAAACAUGAAUGAUAGCAUCUGGCUUAGUUUUCAGCCUUGUUUAUGAUAGUUAACGUGAUAAGCCUUAGCAGUAAAUAGUCUUCCUUUCUAAAAGGUAGACUAUCUUUUCUGAAGAAAUGGGGUUAUGCGGAGGCAAGAUAAUACCAAAUUAUAAAUCAUGAGUUUUUCCAUUGUUCAUAUGAACCAAAUCAUGCAUCUUUGAGUGUAGUUUGGCUUGGCUCCUCAGGAGAAAAGUAGGGGUACUGUGGUUUGAAUGGAUACCAUCACUCUUUUUUCCACAAACAGUGCAGAGAGCUGUCUGGAGUGGCAAUUUGAACAGACUCCUUGGCCUUCCCUCUGCUCCAUCAUUACAGUAAGUAAAAAAAAAAAAUAAAUAAAUAAUGGGGGUACUUGGGAGUCUGAGAAAAUCAGCUGUACUCGAUAGCCAACCUCCCCCCUCUAGGAAAACUAGUCCAGAUGCAACUAUUUUGUUAUCUUUUCUCACAUGCACUCUGAAGUAGGGUUUUCCAUAAGAAUUCCUUCAUAAUCAGCAUAAACUGGGAUAACAUCUUGAUUUGCAAAAUUAAAAACAAAGCUUGUUUGUCAUUUGUUAGGGUAGGUAAGCUUCUCAUCUCUUACAGUAUAGCUAUUGAACUGAGUCUGAGAAAUCUUUAGAAAGAAAAAACUCAAAAGUACAAAUUAAUUGGGAUAUUUCGAACAACCUGAUUUUCCAUUCUAAAAAUUUACAGUACUUGAGGUAAUAUAAAGCUUCUAAACUGCUUUGUAAUUCUAAUAGCACCUAAAGAUGUAGUCUUGUUUCAUAGAUGUUGCACUAUAUCAAAGCUUUUUAGUGUAAACCCAGUUCUUCUCAGUAUUAAAAAAAGGAAGUAUUGUGUUACCACAUUUAUUUAUACAGAGCUUUUGUUGCCACUGUAAUCCCAGCCAUCCACACAUGAAUCUGUUGUGAGGGGGCAAUAGCACACGGGAAGAUGAGUUUCCCUGUUUCUUUACCCCUUUUUCUUUGGCUGUAUCUGAUGACAAUAUAAGAUGUUCUUAAUAAAGUUUUAUGUUCUUUUUGAAGUGUGUAGAUUAUUUUUUGUGAAUCUAAUUAAAUGGAUAUGGAGUAAGCGGGGGAGAGAUGAAUGAACUUGGGAGAGAAAUCACUGGAAAUAUUCAGUGAUGG